AUGCAGGCCAUCCGCUCCCAGAUCCCCAGCGCCUCGCGCGCAUUCGCCAACAGCUCUCGCACCUUCACGUCUUCGGCUCGCCGUCCUCUUGCGCGCAUGCAACUCAUCGGCCGCCUCGCUGAUGCCCCAGAGCUGUUUGCGACUUCGACUGGAAAAGAGCUUGUGCGAUAUGCGGUUGGCGUCCCGACUGGACCAAGAGAUGAGCAGGGCAAUCGUCAGGCGUCGUGGUACCGAGUCGCGGCGUUCAUUGAUGAGGGCCCACAGCGGGACUACGUGUUGAACUUGCCAAAGGGAACUCAAGUCUACGUUGACGCAGAUGCGAAGAUGGACAGCUAUGAGGUCGAAGGCGGCCAGAAGCGCUCCUCGCUCAACCUCGUGCAGCGCUCCAUUGAGACUCUCUCGCGGCCUCGCAACCAAGAGCUCAACCAGAGUGAGGCUGCUACCCAAGCUGCUGCAGGUGCCCAGUAG